AUGCGAGGCACAAGGGCGCGAGACAUUGUCGAUAUACGUGCUCGGCUGCACACGUCACGUGCAGCAUUCACUUGGACGUCCAGAUCUGUGUCGGCAACAGCAGCCACGGCUUGCUUGAGGCAUCACACUGACAGCAACUGGAGACUCUAUCCGAUACGUCAAGCAAUUCAAUCACCUGCAUAUAAACUACAGAGCCGUCACCUGAGCGAAGCCAAUGCGAUCCUAGCCUCGCACCAUGGCCCGCAAAAAGGCGAGCGUGUCGUCGUUGCACUCUCCGGAGGCGUCGAUUCGUCCGUCACCGCCGCUCUGCUCGCACAAGCAGACUUCGACCUUGAAGCCGUCUUCAUGCGCAACUGGAACGAGCUCGACGAAUCGGGCCGUAUGCAACCCGGUUCCGGUGGUGCGUCAGGCUGCACGUGGCAGCGAGACUGGCAAGACGUACAAUCAGUGUGUCGUCACCUCGGCAAUAUCCCUGUCAAGAUGAUCGAUCUGAGCAAGGAGUAUUGGACGCAAGUGUUCGAACCAGCACUGCAAGACUGGCAGCAGGGUACAACUCCGAAUCCGGACGUGAGCUGCAAUAAGGAGAUAAAGUUCGGCGCUCUCAUGGAUCGGCUCAUACGCACAGGCGACCAUGGUGGAAGCAAGAGCUGGUUGGCCACGGGACACUACGCGCAUGUAGCCUGGCAACAACAAGGCGAUCGCACAAGACCGAUGUUGAUGAGGGCAAAGGAUAGGAGCAAGGAUCAAACCUACUACCUAUCGUCGGUCGGUGAGGAUAAAUUAGCACAUGCACACUUCCCGCUAGCCCAUUUGCUCAAAACGCAAGUUCGAGAGCUGGCCAAGAAGUUCCAGCUGCCAACCGCCGAGAGAAGAGAGUCAAUGGGCAUCUGCUUUAUCGGCACGCGCGGCUCGAACGGCGGUGCGGUUUCCAACACCCAAGGCUUCUCGACGUUUCUCAACGGAUACAUCCCUUCAGCUCCAGGAGACAUGGUUGAUGAAUCAGGUCGAGUCGUAUCCAAACACUGUGGACUUCACACUCUGACUGUAGGUCAAGGUGCACGUAUCCGUGGCGCAACGUCGAAGUACUACGUCGCAAAGAAGGAUAUCCCCAACAACAAAAUUGUUGUGGUACAGGGUAAAGAUCAUCCGAUGCUGUUGUGUACACGGUUGUACGUGCGUGAUAUCGAGUGGAUAUGGAGGGAGCCGCCACCCGAACUCAAAUACGAUGGCGUAGGCAGAGUCACACUUCUGGCACAGGUACGACAUCGACAAGUCGAGUCCGAAUGCGUGGUUAGCAGAUUCAAGCAAGGGAAGAACGGAUACGUAGUCCAGUUCACCGAGCCGGUGCUGGCUGUUGCGCCAGGUCAAGUGCUGGGCCUGUGGAGAGGGAAUUGGUGCUUAGGCAGCGCAGUGAUAGAAUCUGUUGACACCGUGUACGAUGAUCUGGCCCAGUAA